CCCACUAACAGAGCCCGGGCGCGCGCAGUCAGCCGCUGCCGGCCAGUGAUGCUGCGCUGUUCUGGGAUAAACGAGUUCACUCGUGCAGUGGGGCUUCACAGCAUGGACAGGCUGCACGCUGGGUGGAUGCACGGCCGACAGCCAGCACACCUGACUCCCUCUAUCAGCCCGGCGUUCUACAUGGCGGAGCAGUUCUGGAAGACUAAUAAGCUAAUGUUUUGAAAUUAAAAAUGUAGUCUUACAUUCAGUUCCUGGAGAAAACACAUUUAUUGUGGGCUUUGAAACAGAAACAGCAUACGAAUUUGAAUAUCAUUUAAAUUGUUUUUUCUUUUUCAAUUAACCCGGACAUAAGCAGGAUCCCCAUCAUGGAUUGGACACUGGAUGUGAUGAACCCGACCAAUGCCCGCGCCCUGUUACUGGCCUGUGUGACGUUGCUGUUCUCCCUGCACCUGUGGCGCUGGCUGCGGCAGCGGGCGAUCGCCUGCCCGCCCGGCCCGCUCGGCUGGCCGCUCAUCGGGAACGCGUCGCAGAUGGGCAACGCGCCGCACCUGUACUUCACGCGUAUGGCAAAGAAAUACGGCAACGUCUUCCAGAUUAAACUGGGCUCUCUGUCCGUGGUGGUCCUAAACGGGGACUCCAUUAAAGCAGCACUGGUCAACCAGGGAUACGAUUUUGCUGGCAGACCGAACUUCACUUCCUUCAAGUACAUCUCCAACGGGGCCAGCAUCGCGUUCGGCACCAUGACGGACUGGUGGAAGAUACACCGCAAAGUGGCUCAGUCCACUAUCCGUAUGUUUUCCAACGGUAACCCGAUCACCAAAAAGACUUUUGAGCACCAUGUCCUGUGCGAGACCAAAGAGAUGUUGCAGCUGUUCGUGGAGAAAACCAAAGAGCACAUAUAUUUCCAGCCCAUGACUUAUCUCGUGGUGUCCCAGGCCAACAUCAUGAGCGCGGUGUGCUUCGGGAAAAGGUACUCCUAUGAGGACGAGGAGUUCCGGCAGGUGGUGGGCAGGAAUGACCAGUUCACCCAGACCGUGGGGGCGGGCAGCCUGGUGGACGUGAUGCCCUGGCUCCAGUACUUCCCCAACCCUAUCAAAACCGUUUUUGACAAUUUCAAGGAGCUCAACCGGGAGUUCAGCGAAUUCAUUGGGAACAAAGUGAACGAGCACAGGAAAACAAUCCAGCCGAGCAUCAUCCGAGACAUGACGGAUGCUUUCAUAGUGGCGCUCGACCAUCUGAGAGAUAAAGCGGGGCUUUCUUUAGGGAAAGACGACGUGACCCCCGCCAUGGUGGAUAUAUUUGGAGCCAGUCAAGACACACUUUCAACUGCACUGCAGUGGAUCGUCAUCCUACUUGUCAAGUAUCCUGAGAUUCAGGUGCGUCUCCAGCAGGAGGUGGACAAGGUGGUGGGCCGCAGCCGGCUGCCCAUCGAGGACCAGCUGCAGCUGCCUUACAUCAUGGCCUUCAUCUACGAGGUGUUGCGCUACACCAGCUUUUUGCCGCUCACCAUCCCCCACUCCACCACCACGGACACCUCCGUCAUGGGCUACAGCAUACCAAAGAACACAGUCGUCUUCAUCAACCAGUGGUCCAUCAACCACGACCCUGCCGUCUGGUCCCACCCGGAGAACUUUGACCCGCAGCGUUUCCUGGACCAGAACGGAGCGCUGAACAAGGACCUGGCCACCAAGGUGCUCAUCUUCUCCCUGGGCAAGCGGCGGUGCAUCGGCGAGCAGCUGUCCAAGCUGCAGCUCUUCCUCUUCACGGCGCUUAUCGGCCACCAGUGCCACAUCACAGCCGACCCAGCUAGGCCCGUCACACUGGACUACACCUACGGUCUGACUCUGAAACCGCACCCCUUCUCCAUAGCUGUGACUCUGCGUGACGACAUGAGGCUGCUGCAUGCGGCGACCAGGCCGGCUGGCGCAGAGGACGUCAAAGGCACGCCCUCAUCAGACUCAUGAACAGAAAAUGAAACACACAACUGUAAUAAGCUAAACAAAUAAGGCUGAAACACGAAAAGACUUCUGAACAAUAUACUUGUGGGCUGAAAACUAUAUUUAUAAGCUAAAAUCUUAAUCUUCUUUUAAAAAAAUGAAAAUAAAACUCUGAAUGGUAACACAUCUUCACCUCAGGCAGACACACACUCACAAAUUCUGCAGGUUUUAAAUUCUGGAUCACUGCUGAAAACUGAAAAAAAAAUAGAAUCUGCAGAUUCUGUUUGAGGCUGCUGCGUACUGACUCAUUUUUAAGCAUUAAAGUGCCAGGAGGGAACAGGUGUGGCUUCUGUUUUAACAGGUUACCUUGGAUCAACGUGUUUUUUUACCACGUCAAACACAAUUGGACGUACAGUAGCAGCAAUUAGCACCUUCUUUUGAUUCAUCAAGGUGGAGGACUUCAAUGAAGGCAACAAGCCUGAUAGCUGCUGUAACACAAACACAAAUUUGGGUGUGAAUGCCAUUGCUGUGAUUGAAAAGCUAACACUGGCGUCAGAGUGUCUUCAUGCUUUAUAUUAACAGUGUUGCUGUACAUUGUAUCUCCAAAAUGUCAAAGGCAUUCUCAUGAACGGGUUCAUAUGAUAUCGUACAGACAUUUAUUCCCACCAAUUUCUGUUUCUACGGAAUUCAGGUGACUCCUCCAGCUGGUCAUGCGGCGACCUGUCGCACAAUUACAGUUAAAAUUGGGCCAACAAAAGGACGUGAGGGGUCGGUCAUUUAACGGGCCGUUGCAGUGACGUUUAGCCGACAAAAAGUGAGCGUCGUUCGGCGACAGCAGUUAAGUUU